CACAUAUCUUUAAGCAUGUACAUUGUAAACAUCGCGAUAAGGGUGAUGGAAAUUGUCUCGCGCGCGCUGAAAAAUCCGCGAUACGCGAUGAUAAACGAUACGGCGAGGAACGAGUGACGGAGUCGCGUUCGCCGUAAACGUAAAGCUGUCUCUUUCGAGCGCGAGCGUUUAGAAGGGGGCAUUUUAUUGCUGAAAUGUACUCCCGCCCAGGGCCGCUCGUUAUCGGUUCGAUUUACACGCCAUGCCGACGUUUCCCCUUUUACAGAAACCCCUCCGAGGAGCGUCGGCUAGGUUAUGUUUAUUUUGUACAGGUCGCGUAGAGCAACGUAGAGACACGAAGAAAGAUAUAGUUGGAUAGAAAGUGCGAAAAUGCAAAUGUCUCGUGCUACUCUCGCGCACAAAUGCGCGACGUGGAGAUAUGGCGGCGAAUAAAUUUGCUUGUUAAUCGGAUCGAACGCAAACUCGGACGCUUCGCGCGGUGAUAUCGCGCGCACGAAACAUUUUUCACGUCCCUUUAAAAACGCACUCGCUAUGUGCUUUGCAACUUUGUAAAUAAUUACAUUUUACAUGCGUGUAUACACACACUCAUAUAUAUAUAUCUCUUACUCAACUUAAAUUUCUGUAUAAUAAAGAGUCUUGCGUAUUCCAAAAACUCUUAUCCAAUUAUUCAAUAUACCUCGCGUUCGUGCAAGUGUCCAAAUAUCUUACAUUAGUAAUAUUAUCCUUCGUAUGUGAGAGCGAAGCGUUUCCAAGUCGUUUCGGAGCGUUUCAGUUAUCAUAUGACAAAUCGUCAACGUACAAGUUAGAAGUACCACGGCGUCAAAGAUGAACGGAAUUAUUCCUGAAAUGGAGCAGGUUAUUAGUCAGCUCGAGAGGGGCACCGUAGUGACGAAAUUCUUCCCGAGGAAACGGCCGGAAAAGAAAACUCUAAUGAUAAGGCGAGAGACUAGACAGAUUGUUUGGUCAAGAAGCGCGACUUUUAGACCUUUCGAUGGUUCAGUGGAGAUCAGAGAGGUCAAGGAAGUUAGGAUAGGAAAACAAUCUAAAGACUUUGAAAAAUGGCCUGAAGACGCUAAGAGAAUUGAAAAUUUAAGAUGCUUCGUGGUAUAUUACGGAUCAGAAUUUAGACUGAAAACCCUUUCCAUAUCUGCCCUUAGUGAGAAAGAAUGUGAGCUGUGGGUCAAAGGAUUGCGUCACUUGGUACAAGACACUAUAAACGCGCCGUAUCCGUUGCAAGUUGAAAGAUGGCUCAGAAAAGAGUUUUACGCGAUGGAGAAUUCCCGUGAAACGGUCACGUUGAAAGAUGUGAAGGCAUUUCUGCCCCGAGUCAAUUGCAAAAUUGCUACGAACAGGCUCAGAGAAUUGUUCCAAGAAGUGGACACGAGAAAUCGGAAUGAACUUGGUUUUGAUGACUUUGUCACUCUAUACCAUAAACUGAUGUUUGAUCAGAAUAAUCUCGCCGAUUGGCAUAAGCUGUUGAAUUAUUCUAAAACUGGACAAACUGUCACGCUUCAAGAAUUCCAGAAUUUCUUGGUCACCGAACAGCAAGAUACUUUGGGGAAUAAUGAAUCGGAAGUGUCGCGCUUUAUUAGAGAGUAUUUACAAGAUUCUCAGAGGGAUAUACAGGAGCCAUAUUUUACUUUCCCCGAAUUUAUAGACUAUCUAUUUUCUAAGCACAACGACAUAUGGAAUCAAAAAUUUAAUCAAGUCUCUCAAGAUAUGACUCGACCUCUCGCGCAUUAUUGGAUAGCGUCCUCGCACAACACAUAUUUGAUGGGAGAUCAGAUCAGCAGCGAGAGUAGCUGCCAGGCCUAUGUGCGUGCACUAAGAGUGGGGUGUCGGUGUAUAGAGCUCGAUUGUUGGGAUGGUCCAGACGGAAUGCCAUUUAUAUUUCACGGACACACUCUCACCACCAAGAUCAAAUUUUUGGAUGUUAUUAAAACUAUUAAGGAGCAUGCUUUUGCUACAUCCGAGUACCCUGUUAUCUUAUCCAUCGAGGAUAAUUGUACCUUGCCCCAACAACGUAAAAUGGCAACGACUAUGCAAGAGGUAUUUGGCGACAUGUUGUUGGUUCAACCUGUCGACAAGAAUGAGACUUCUCUACCUUCGCCAUACGCAUUACGUAGAAAAAUCCUGUUAAAACAUAAGAAACUUCCCGAUGGUGUCGAUGAAUCGUCGUUUCUUGUUCGAAAUGACGAAAGCAGACAAGAGAUGGAUCUUAGGAAUACUGUGAAAAAUGGGAUUCUUUAUCUGGAAGAUCCUAUUGAUAGAGAAUGGAAUCCUCAUUUUUUCGUAUUAACGCAACAGAAGUUGUUUUAUACAGACACAUUUUCAAGAGCACAGGAAACCGAACACGAUGACGACGAGGAAAGUGGCGUUCGUAGAUCGUUGGAUGGCGCGCCAAGUGACGAGUUACACUUUGGGGAGAAAUGGUUCCAUGGAAAAUUAGCGAGGGGAAGGGAAGAAGCUGAAGAAUUGUUACGACGUUAUUCCUAUCUUGGAGAUGGUACUUUUCUGGUACGGCAAUGUGUUACAUUUGUGGGCGAUUAUUGUUUGUCAUUUUGGCGUAAAGGAAAGGUGAACCAUUGUCGUAUUAAACUAAAGCAAGAAAUGGGUCAAACUCAGUAUUAUCUUAUUGACACCAAUUGUUUCGACAGUCUGUACAGUUUAAUUACUCAUUACCGUAAUCAUCCACUGCGAAGUCAGGAAUUUCUAAUCACAUUGCAAGAACCAGUGCCUCAGCCAAACAAACACGAGGAAAAGGAAUGGUGGCAUCCCGAAUGUACUCGAAUCGCAGCGGAAGAGAUGCUGAAGCGUAUACCUACGGACGGCGCAUUUUUAGUAAGACCUAGUGGAAAUAAUUGCUAUGCAAUUUCAUUUAGAGCGGAAAAGAAAAUAAAGCACUGCAAAAUAAAACUCGAAGGGAGGCUCUAUACCACUGGAACCGUAGAAUUUGAGAGUUUAGUUGAAUUAGUUAGUUAUUACGAACGGCAUCCAUUGUUUAAAAAGAUUAAAUUAAGCCACCCUGUUAAUCAGGAUAUCAUCAGAAGGAUGGAUUUGGAUAAUGAUGAUGGAUCUUACGGCAUCCCAGGUUAUAUGGAUCCUACAAGUUUUACAAACGUAAAUUCUCAAGUUACUGUUAAAGCUAUUUAUGAUUAUAAAGCUAGAAGAGACGAUGAAUUGACGUUUGUCAAGCAUGCUAUCAUUACUAACGUUAUUCCACAAAGCGGAGGAUGGUGGAGAGGCGAUUAUGGUGGUAAAAAGCAACAUUGGUUUCCUGCCAACUACGUGGAACAAAUUGAUCAGCAAGAGAUUCAAGGAGAUUCAGCGGAUUCUAUGAUGCUUGGUAGCUUGCAAAAAGGUUCGUUGGAUAUUAUGGGUGCUGUGGUAGACAUAACGGUUGGGGAAAGAUCAGGUUUGGAAUGGAUUUUAAGAAUACAAAAUCCUAGUAUGUGUUCAGUAUUUGAAGUCGCAACACCUUCGAAAGAUACUGCGUUAGAGUGGAUGUCGAGUAUCAAAGAGACUGCACAAAAUGCCAGCGUUAGGGAGAGUCAACACAAAGAAAUGGAAAGGGCCUGGAGAAUAGCUAAGGAAAUGUCCAAUCUUAUAGUAUAUUGUAGAUCGGUCGCAUUUAACAUAGAACGAAUAAGAACUAAGGGAUUUACAUUCAAUGAAAUGAGUAGUUUCCCUGAAACCAAGGCUGAAAAAUUAAUGUGUCAACAAGAAAAUAAAUUUUUUAUAAAAUAUCACCAGAUUCAAUUUAGUAGAGUUUACCCAAAGGGACAACGUAUCGAUUCGUCAAAUUAUAAUCCUGUACCAAUGUGGAACUCUGGUUGUCAGAUGGUAGCUUUGAACUAUCAGACAGGAGAUAAAUCGAUGCAACUGAAUCAGGCUAAAUUUAAGGAGAAUGGCAAUUGUGGCUAUUUAUUGAAACCAGAAUUCAUAUUUGGGCAAGAAUUUAAUCCAUAUGACAAAAAUACAUUGUAUGGAGUUGAAUCGCUCAAAAUUAGCUUAAAAAUUAUUGGAGCAAGACAUUUAAUGCGAUCAGGAAGAGGCACUGCCAGUCCAUCCAUCGAGAUUGAAAUUUUGGGCGCAGAUUUCGACUCUGGGACAAAAUUGACGACAAGAACGAUACAGGAUAAUGGAUUCAAUCCAAUGUGGAAUGAAACAUGUGAAUUUGAGAUAUUCAAUCCAUAUUUUGCCCUUAUACGAUUUUUAGUACAAGACGAAGAUAUGUUUGGCGAUAACAAUUUCAUAGGACAAGCUACUUAUCCAGUACGCUGUUUAAGGACGGGAUAUAGAAGUGUUCCACUAAAAAACAUGUAUAGCGAAGAUCUUGAGCUUGCUUCCUUAUUAGUACACAUUGACAUUACAAAUUUAUCGGUAAUGACAAAUUCCAUUCAAAGUUAUUCGUGUCAGGUACAUAUAGAUGCAUAAAAACAAUCAACAAAAGUUAAUCUGUGUUACAAAAUAUAGAAUAUCAAAUAUGCAAGCUAGUAAAACUAUUAAAUUAGUGUACGAGAAUAGCGAUGGAGAGUAAGUAUUUAUCUUACUGUCAGAUAUCACGUUUAUCCUCGCCAGUGUAUACCAAUAUAUCAUUUGUUUACCUCAGGUGAUACAAGUCGUCACACAAGUGGAACAUAUUGCGAUAAUACAUUAUAACGGUAUAAAAUUAUAGCAUGUGUUUAGAUCAGAGUACAUAUCGUUAGAAGACUGUAUAUACGUAUAUCUAUUUAUGUUGGAUUUUGAAAAAUUAGACAUGCAUAAUUGCAGUAAUUUGUGAAGAGUAUUUCUAUAAUUGCGAUAUGAAACGAAGCUGAAUAAAUGUUUCUGUCCCGGAAGGAAUUCAAAUUUAGAAUAAUUAAAUAAAAAGACAGACUCGCGAGGUAGAGAAACAAUAUACAUAUACAUACGUGAUGCUCGAUGCGUGAUGGAUAGAUUUUAUCGCUGUGAUAUAUAUUACAGCUAUCAUUCUGAUUCUUCCAACGUAUUUGAUUUUUAUCUAUACGUAUCUAUGUUAUAUUUUACACAUUGUAUGUGCUUACAUGAUGUACAUUUUUAAUCAUUUGUGCUAUUGACAUAUCAAUUUGUCUUCAAAAAAUAGCUCUACAUAUCAUAUAAUGACUGAAGAAUUUUACUUUCUAAAAAUUAGUUUAUCGAAUCACCAUGUAUUAGAUUUGUAACAUUAAUACAGUUGUUUUUCGAUCUGGGAUGGAAGAAAUAGUUAUAUGCAAUGAAGAGAAUAUCUAAUUAUAGAUAAAAAUAGAGAAAUGCGUGUAAUAAAUGCUACAAAUAGUACAAGCAUACUAUAAUUGACAGUAUCGUUACAUGGAUGUGUAACACGAUUGCAUUUAAUUGAUUUAAUAUGAAAUACAGGAACGCGCAUAUAGUAUAUUAUAGAUGCUUCCAUGUUGAUAUAAGAAUAAAUGUAGCGAGCAAUAAGACUAAACGUAAUAACACUGUAGACUUGUCUGUACAACCGUCAAUAUCUGAAAUUGUUGUACAUGUGGAGUGCGCGCGCACACCCUCUCUUCCUCUUUUGAAAAAUGAAUAAUUGUAUUCUACAUUAGGUCUAGUUACAUCUAGAUGGAAAUGCGCAAAACUUUUAUUCCCUCUAGAAUAAAAAAAAAGAUACGUGGACAUCACUGAUUAAAGAAAUUUAGUAUAUUCUAUCGUUUUACUGUACAAUCGGUGAGCGAUGCUCAAUUGAAUCAGAUGUCGAUGUAUCUUUUUUUCUAUAACAGCGCCGUUCUAUCGUGGGCAUUUUUGGUAGGGAGCGUCUUCCUCAAUAAUUGUGCACAUUAGCUGUGUACAUACCUAGUUUACUAAAUACGACUAUCAUGUCUUCCCAGUUGCAGGAUGCUAACCAAUGUAUUCAUUUUUUUUGUACAUCCUGAUUGUGUCGUGCAUUAGAAUGUCACAUUUCGAUCAUUGUAUUUUUUAUACAUGUAUACUUGUAAACCAGAAUCGAAGUGUCUCCGUUGUGCCUGUACUUUGUAUCGUGAGCGAUACACAAGACAUAUCCGCGAAAACAAACGAGAAUAUAUAGAAUAUUCUAUGUAGCAAAGUUGGGUCUAUCGUUACAAAUAUUCUUGUAUAUAGGCACAUCGAAUGAAAUAUGCAGUUUUGCAGAUCAGUAUCGCGGAUCGUAAAUAAUUUAUAAAGAAGCGCGCGCGUGCGUGUGUGUGUGUGUAGCUAUUCAAAGUUGUAUUUAUUGCAUUAUACAUACAUACAUGCAUACAUGUAUUGUUAUGUUACAGAAUAUAUAGAAGAAAUAAAUUUCUA